AAAUUGUUAUUUAUUUAGAAACCCAGAAUUGCUCGGGUUCAGCAUCCCUCACAUAUCUCAACCCACAAAUUCAGAAUUUAUUCUCAUGCUUUUCAACUUCAUUCUUCAUCCCUCAUUGUUCAAGCUUUUUAACAUCAUUCUCCAUCCCUUACUUUCUUGGCCUCUUCUCCCUUGAAAGGUAAAUAAAAAACAAUUUUUUCUUCUCAAUCUCUCCUUUCAUAACUCUCUUAUUGCAAAGAAAUGAAACAUUAAACCAGAUCUGAAUCUUGGUCUCACGCUCUCACUGAUGAAGAUCUCAGAAAACUUCUCAAAUUAAAAUACCAUUUCCACACAUACCAACCUUAAAAUCGCUUAUUGAAGCUGAUGCUCUCCUCUCAUACUCACACAGCGAAUGGCUUAGUCUCUCUCAAAUUCGGAACUUUUUAGGAAGUUUACGGUUCAGUUUCGCGUCUCUGAAGCUUAUGCCAAUAGGCACUUUUUCACGCAGCUUUUUGCGAUUGAUUUGGGGUUCUGGGAGUUCAAGAAAAAAAGCUCUUUUUUUGCCCUAUGUCAAGUUGGAGUUUUAGCUAAAAUAAGUGCUUAUUCAAGAAACUACUUCAUGACAGUAGCUUAAAUUGAGAAUAUAAAUAAGUGCUUAUUCAAGAAACUACUUCAUGACAGUAGCUUAAAUUGAGAAUAUUGCUAACAAUUUUUAUUUUGUGUUAAGUAAUCAUUUAUUUAUUCUUUAUAUUUAAUUAAAAUGUUUUUGAAAAAUAAAAUAUUAAAAUACAAAUUAAAAAUAAAUACUCAAUUGAAUUUAAUGAGGUGGGAAGUGACUGGUUAAUUUUUGGACAGCCAUGUCAUUAAAAUAGCUGACAGAUGGCCAGGGACCAUAAAAAAUCCAGAUUAUUUGAUAUCGGGGGACCUAAUAGUUGGUUUUUUUUGUAGGGGGACUAAAAGGUUAAAAAAAUUAAUAUAGAGGGACGAAAAGUGCAUUUAAGCCUAAAUUUUAUAUUAAUGAGUAGAACAAAAUUAAUAGAAAAAUUAAGAAAAAAAAGUUAAAAAUGAUUCGUUAAUCCUUGUGUUAAUAAGUACUAAGAGAUAAACUUAAAAGAAAUAGAAAAGAGUGAGGGAGGAGAAGUUUGUCUUAAAUAUCAAAAUUUGGCUAUGUGCUGUUUCCAGCUUUCCUAUAUAAGUAUUUCAAAUUUGGGUUUCUAAUGUCUUCUUCAUCGGUGAUAUUUGUUACAGGGAGCAAGGAUGGACAUUGUUGCUCUUUUUACUUCAGUUGAAAUUAACAUUGUUGUUUGUGCGGUGCUGUUUUCACUUUAUUCUAUAUUAAGAAAACAACCCAGCAAUGUUAACGUGUACUUUGGACGGAGAUUAGAAUCUCAUGGCUUGUUGGAAAGAUUUAUUCCCUCUUCUGGCUGGAUUUUAAAAGCAUGGGAAACAUCCGAUAAAGAGAUAUUGGAUACCGGUAGCUUGGAUGCCCUAGUUUUUGUAAGGAUACUUGUGUUUAGUAUCAGAGUUUUCUCCAUCGCUGCUGUCAUCUGCAAUGUUCUACUGCUUCCUGCAAAUUACUAUGGUAAAAAAAGAGUUCAUAGGAUUAUACCAUUGGAGUCACUCGAUGUUUUUACUAUUGAAAAUGUCAAAACAGGUUCAAUAUUGCUUUGGGCCCAUUGUUUUGCAUUAUACACCAUUACAAUUGCAGCUUGCACUCUCCUUUACUUUGAACACAAAAGCAUUACUAACUUGAAGGGACUUCAUAUUAAUGGAUCUCCUCCCAGACCAAGUGAUUUUACUAUUCUUGUCCGGUCAAUUCCGAGAUCUGCAGACGAAUCAUACAGUGACACGGUGAACAAAUUUUUCUCAUACUACCAUGCAUCAACAUAUUUGUCUCACCAAAUGAUUUUUAAGUCUGAAAAUGUCCAGAAAUUAAAGGAACUCCCAGCAGCUUUUGUGUUCUUUAAAAGUCGAUAUGCUGCUCUUUUGGCUUCACACACUCUGCAAACAUCAAAUCCAAUGUUAUGGGUUACAGAGUUAGCUCCGGAACCACGUGAUGUUCAUUGGUCAAAUAUUGGUAUAAAAUAUAGGCAAAUUUGGAUCCGCAGAAUGGGUACAUUUGCAGGUUCAACUGCCUUUAUGAUAGUGUUCCUCUUUCCGGUAACAUUUGUACAAGGUUUGACUCAGCUAGACAAACUUCACAAAAUGUUCCCUUUUCUAACAGGGAUACUUAAAAAGAAGUAUGUGAUUCAGCUGGUCACAGGUUACCUACCAAGUGUGAUAUUAUAUAUAUUUAUGCGUGCAGUUCCACCAAUAAUGAGUUUACUUUCAAAGGUUGAGGGUUCUAUUUCUCGAAGUGGAAGGAAGAAAAAUACAUGUCGGAAAGUUUUGCUCUUCACAGUUUGGAAUGUGUUUUUCGUUAACGUUUUAGUUGGUUCUCUUAUCAGUCACCUUUCAGUCUUUUCUAGCAUAAGAGACAUGGCUGGACAGCUUGCGAAGGCAGUGCCAUCUCAGACUACCUUCUUCACGACUUAUAUUUUGUCAUCUGGUUGGGCAAGUUUGGGAUUUGAACUUGUGCAAAUUUUUCCUCUUUUAGAAAAUCUAUUCCAGAGAUUCCUACUCAGGGUUAAGGAUGUUACACUUGAUGGCAUAUCUUUUCCAUACCAUACAGAAGUUCCAAGGGUAUUACUAUUUGGGUUUCUUGGGUUUACAUGUUCUAUUCUGGCACCUCUAAUGCUUCCCUUCUUAUUGAUCUACUUUUUCCUUGCUUACCUGGUUUACCGAAACCAGAUUCUGAAUGUGUAUAUUACAAAAUAUGAUAGUGGGGGACAAUACUGGCCUAUUGCACACAACACAACGGUCUUCUCUUUGUUAGUUGCUCAGCUUAUUGCACUCGGGGUGUUCGGAAUAAAACACUCCAUAGUUGCAUUUGGAUUUACCAUUCCCUUGAUCAUUAUCACCCUUCUUUUUCAUCAGUAUUGUAAGCAUCGAUUUCUUCCUGUAUUUAAAAGCUAUUCAGCACAGAUUCUUGUUGACUUGGAUAGGAAAGACCAAGAUAGUGGAAAGAUGGAAGAGAUUUAUGAACAAUUGCGUUCAGCCUACAUCCAACCCACUUUAGUGUCACAAGCAGCCCCAAGUCCAUCUGAACAAGCAGCCCCAAGUUCAUCUGAAUCCACCAGCCCACAAGACGACAGACAUUCGUCUGAGAUUUCAAAAGAUGUGAUAUCAGUUGUAUGAUAUUUGAUGUAUUAGUAUCAACGUUUAAUGUGAUGAUUCUGGCACUAUCAUAUUUUAGAGUUGGUUAAGACGUAUAUGCUAAAGACUAUAAAAAAAACUAUGAACUCGCCUCUGGUUGCUGUAGUGUCCAUAGAGGUUAGAUAUUAAGAAAAUGAAGAAGA